AAAGUAAGUUUGUGCACUGCUUAAGCUGUAAUCUGUAUAAAGUAUACUCUGUAAUUUUUUGCUAUCGGAAGCACUUCCGUCACGAUGACAAGUCUUGCGCCUAUGGUGACGAUGUUAGCGGUCUGCGGCGUAUAUGGAUUGUCGUAUCCACCGUACAGUAAUACCGGCAAACAAGAUUACAAACCCGCGUCCUAUGGAUCCAGCAACAACUAUGCAACGAAUUCCAAAUACGGUCGCUCGUCUAACUACAGCAGCAACUAUGCACCCACAUCCGCUUCCUCCUCCACAUCCAUUUUGCUGCAGACCGGUAAUGUCCUCUUCGCCACCGGUGAGACAUCCGCCGUCAACGUGGCAGCUCCUCACGGGACGGAGUACUACGUCAACGGGCAGUAUGACCUUAUCCGCAUGGAUCCCGAUGGUCUCUUCCAGUACAAUCCCACUCGAGUGGCCACCAACGUUAAAUACGCCUUCCACGGCUAUGAUAACUGUAUAUGGUUUAUCGAUAUGCAGAAGUACGGGAAUAUUUGGCGGAUGGAGUAUAAAGAAACCCCGGAACUGAUCCCCGGUCAGCCGAACCCGGUGAACAUGGUGAAGGUCGCACCGCGCAGUUGCGACAACGGCUUGGCGGUGUCGGACGACGGCAGUUUGUGGUUGUAUGCCGGUCAUCAGUGGAUUCGCGAGCGCGAUGUAGACAACGCCAUCGAUGCCGGUUUCGGUAACGACGGCAGCCGGAUGUACCUGAGCGACGACUACAAAGUGUACCAGUACAACUACGCCACCGGCGAGUGGGAAGUCAUCCUCAACGGGGUGGCAACGUUCGAUAUUUACGAUAUCGACACCAUGGUCAUCUGUGAUCAGCAGUAUUAUUGCAAAAAGAUGGAUUACGGCAAGUUUGUCAGCAUUCCCGAAUCGUGCAGCGGCGUGCAUAUACUGAAGGACUCGUUUUACUGUACGACACCACAGAACCAAGUCAAGCUGGUGGCUUAUUAGUCUUUUUCGUUGAUAACUUUUUGUCGUUUUUUUGCAAUAUUUAAUGCACGCGGUAAUUUAUUUAUUUUGCAUA